ACGUCCCCCCACGUCCACGUCGAGGAAUUUCUCGCCGGCGGUGCAUUCCGACUCCGAGCAAGCGGCGGUAGCAGCGGCAAGAGUCCGGGGCGAGUGUUGCCGUGAGCCAAACAGCCAAAUAAACAAACACCGCCAGCGACGACAACGCAGGGAGCGACGCGAGACACGGGUGGUGGUGGUGGUGUGUUAGUUACGCCGCGCCACACGGGUGGUGGUGGUGGUGUGUUAGUUACGCCGCGGACUCCGCUUGAGCCCGUGACCGUCUGAAGAUGUCGCUGACAGCCAGAGGCCGGGGGAAAAAACCCGGAUUAAAGAUUUCGGAGGACGUUUUCAAGCAAACUCCCCCGAGUCCAACGCCACCCAGAGAUCUUGACUCAAAGGCGUGUAUAACUAUUGAUGACAAGAACUUUGAGGUGAAAGCCGAUGACCUGGAAUCGAUAUGCGAGCUGGGCCGCGGCGCGUAUGGCGUGGUCGAGAGGGUGCGACACACGCCCAGUGGCACCAUCAUGGCCGUCAAGCGGAUCCGAGCUACAGUAAACAGCCAGGAGCAGAAGAGGCUUCUGAUGGACCUGGACAUCUCGAUGCGCACUGUCGACUGUCCUUACACGGUCACCUUUUACGGAGCCCUCUUCCGUGAGGGCGAUGUGUGGAUAUGCAUGGAACUGAUGGACACGUCCCUGGACAAGUUCUACAAGAAGGUCAUCGAGAAGGGCCUCACCAUCCCUGAGGACAUCCUCGGAAAGAUUUCCGUCGCUAUUGUGAAAGCUUUGGAACAUUUGCACAGUAAACUAUCUGUGAUUCACAGAGAUGUCAAGCCAUCCAAUGUUCUGAUCAACACACAAGGACACGUCAAGAUGUGCGAUUUUGGCAUCAGUGGAUAUUUGGUCGACUCUGUCGCCAAAACCCUGGAUGCAGGCUGCAAACCAUAUAUGGCCCCAGAGAGAAUAAACCCGGAGAUCAAUCAGAAGGGUUACAAUGUCAAGUCCGACAUUUGGAGUUUGGGCAUUACCAUGAUUGAACUCGCCAUCCUCAAGUUCCCGUACGAGUCGUGGGGGACGCCCUUCCAGCAGCUCAAGCAGGUCGUGGAAGAGCCCUCACCACAGCUGCCGCCGGAGAACUUCUCUCCGGAAUUUGUGGACUUCAGCACACUCUGCCUAAAAAAGAAUCCCAAUGAGAGACCAACAUACGCCGAGCUAAUGGACAACACUUUUUUUGGAAUACACAACGCCAAGGAUACAGAUGUUGCUACGUUUGUGAAACUGAUUCUAGGCGACAAGUCAAACUGAGUAUUUGUGAAGUGGGGGAUGCAAAUCCUCAAAGUAAAGCGACAGAACUAAUGCAUAUGGCAGACAUUUCAUGGUACAUUGUAGACAGCCCCAGAAGGAUCAAAUGCAUGCUGGUGCUGCUACAUUUGCAGCAGUAAAUAUACAUAGGUCACACAGAGAUACCAACGCGUUAUUAAUCCUGGUUGGCAUUCCUGCGCGUAACGUGUGCAUGGCGUCGGUUCAAUCGGUGGCGAAUACCACACAUGCUUUUGCCGUACAUUUUUUUUGUUAUUUUAAUGUUCUCCUUUACCCCAAUUUUAUUUAAAUUACAUAUUCAUCUUAAUUAUAAUAUUCUCCCUUCCCAACUUUUAUUUAAAGUACGUUUUUGAAUAUGAAGAUUCAAUUGUUUUUCACCAGUACAAUCUCAACACUGGCCUUAAUUUCAGGAAAAAUAAUCAACGAAAUAAGUUAAUGUUGUCCCAAUGUGUUUGUGUAAAUAAUAUUUACAACAAGCAGCGCAGUGAAUGCCAUUUUGCUUAUCCCAUGGUGCAGAGUCGACACACUAUUUUGAUUGUUUCAGAGGCAAUAAUGCAAAGUUCUCUAUUUUUGGUGGCAGACACCCUGUGGUGUUAUUGUUCAGCUGUGAAUGUUCCGGCUUUGCCUGUCAAUCUACAUGUGCGAUCUUCAUGAAAACAAAAUGGAAACAUGAGAAGUAUGAGAGCUUUGCCAAAUAUGAUAUGCUUUAAUGGUUAUUGUGGUGAAAGUUAAUAAAAUUGCCAUAAUGGUAUAAUUGGCCGUUUCCUAAAGCAUUUAUCUGCAAAUACAUUUCUUUAUAAUGGAACACAAAGUGCCCUCUAUCUAUUUAGCCAAUAUGUAAAAAAGCUUGCUAAGUGUAUGUACGUAUCGGAUUGAAAUAGAGAUGACAUUAUGUAGGCCUGGGAAAGGUUUAACAGCUGUACCUCAUAUGACUUCAGUUGUAAGUCGUUUAAAGAUAGCAGAAUUCUUUAAUGUAAAGAUAUACAUUUAAAACAUCAUAGACACACAGCAUGAGCUUAUAGUGACAUUGGAGGAGGCAGUGGUGUGGUGAUUAGGGUACGUGCCACUUCCAGUGAUCUGGGAUCCUAAUCUCCCACAGGCCGUUUCUUUUUUACACUCAAAAUAGAUUUUUUUAAAAUCAGAUACUGUAACUGCUAAGGUCUUGGUGAGUUUCUCUUGACUUGAAAUUAGCACUCAACACUGGGGUUCUUCGUGCUGAAGAAGCAUAGACAACUGAGAUCAGCUUCACCUAUUCACUUCCGUGCCCAACACCGCAGCCACCACCCUCCGUACUCUUCACUGGCUCCCUUUCGCCAGCCAGGACAAAUUCUAAAAUCGCCUGCCUUUGUCAUCGCACCUUCACCACCGGUCCCCCACAAUACCUCGCCUCACUACUCUCGCCUUGCACUGAAGCUCAUGGGAGAACCCUACGCUGCGUCACUCAAAAUCAGAUUUGGACACCACGGUCUCAAACUGUUACAGCCUCAGGUCGGUUCUCUGCUUUCGUCCCCUCGAUGUGGAACUAAAGGCCUCUAUCUGUUUGGUGAGGCUUUCGAGCAGCCCUGAACUUGUCUCCGCACCUCGUGAGUUGUUGACUUGCCUGAAACAUCUUGCGCAUCUGUCAUCAUUAUUAAUGAGCUUUCACAACUAAUUUUGUCACUAGUUGACUAUUGAGGCACAAGAGCAACAUACACCUCGGAGAUCAAGGCGAGAGUGAGUAGCAGCAGUGACGACGAACAUGUUAUGGAGUACAUAUUAAAAUUACAAUCAUUCAAUACAAAUAUUGUCUUGAAAAUAAAAACACUAUUUGGAGAUUUUUUUUCUUCCAAAGAUGCAUGUUCAGGUUUUUUGAGCGGUGAUGAUGUCAAAGAAGCUCAUGACCACAAGUGAAAUAUGCGUGAAAAUCAGCGUGGUGAGGCUUAUGAAAUGCUGUGUUUCCUUUACGACACUUUGUAUUUAAAACAAACAUUAAACGAAUCUCAUACGGAAAGUUCGUGUUUUAUCCAGAUAAUCUGUUUAAGAAGGGUUUGCGUGAGUUUUUUUGAGAUGCCACACAAUGGAAAUGUAUGGAAAUGCUGUUUAACUUGCAAUGAUAUCACUGUUGUAUUGUUAUUCUACUGUAUAGGAAAAUAUCUUUAAUUAGAAAAAUUGACCCUCAUGUCUGAUUGUCAAUAUUUUUAUAAUUUACUGUAUUUUAGCCAUGUAUGGUAGUGAAAGCUAUGCAGUUGCUUUUCUUGGAUAUAUGAUAUUUUAAUACUUGAAUGGUGUACCAGGCUUUAUUGAGCUGACAUAUAUGGGGAAAAUGCAUACCAUUGCUUAAGAUCUGAAGCCGACAUUGUAUGCAAACAAAUAUAUAUAAGGGCGUUAACAAUAAACCACAACAUACCUUUUACUUACGUGUGCAUGUUUUAGAGGAUUUCAGCACACUAUAGGGCCUUGUUUUUGUUGUUUUUUUGUGCAGUUUUCCUUUGAAUAAAAUUUCUUUCCAAAGAUGUAUACUUUU